UAAAUAUUUAAUCUCCUCCCUGUAGCUUCCAGCUGUUGCCGAAUUUUCAUCAGGAGAAACCAUGGGUCAUUCAGCAGAUCGUUUAGCAGCGGCAUUCGGCGCUACAAGAAAAGAACAAGACGAUUUCGCCUUAAGAUCCCAUUCAUUUGCACAUCAAGCUCACCAAAAAGGCUAUUUCACCGAUAUGCUCCCUGUGACUAUAACGGGAGUUUCAAAAACGAUCGAUCGCGAUAACGGAAUUAGAGUUUCAACCCCCGAUCAAUUAGCCAAGUUGAAACCGGCCUUCAUUAAACCACACGGAACCGUGACGGCAGCUAAUGCUUCCUUUUUAACGGACGGCGCGUCCGCUUGUUUAAUCAUGCCCGAAGCGAAAGCUAAAGCUUUGGGAUUAAAACCAAAGGCGUAUUUACGCGAUUUUAUUUAUGUUUCCCAAGAUCCCGUUGAUCAAUUACUUUUGGGGCCGGCUUAUGCCACACCUAAAGUACUUGAGAAAGCUGGAUUAACUUUGAAGGAUAUUGAUGUUUGGGAAUUACAUGAAGCUUUUGCGGGUCAAAUUAUUGCAAAUAUAAAAGCCAUGGAUAGUGAUUGGUUCGCUCAAAAAUAUAUGAAUCGUCCUAAAAAAGUCGGUUCUCCCGAUAUGGAUAAAUUUAAUUCAUGGGGUGGUUCUUUGUCUAUUGGUCAUCCUUUUGCAGCAACUGGUGUUCGAUUGGCUAUGCAUACCGCUCAUAGGCUUGUUCGUGAAGAUGGACAAUUUGGUUUAGUUGCAGCUUGUGCAGCUGGUGGUCAGGGUGUUGCAAUGAUUUUGGAACGACAUCCAGAUGCAGUAGCGAUUUAAUAAGAAUAAGUAUAAAAUUGUCCCCCACACCAUUUGUGUUGGUGCCUUACAUGUAUUUAUACAAUUUAAUAUUUUUAUACAAAAGUAGCAAUCAAUUACUGUUUGUGUUUUCUUAAAAAAAAAUGUAAAUAAAUAAUUAAUGCGUUGCGCCUC